GGAGAGGGACCAUGGCUGCUCUCUCUGCCUUACUGAAGACCUGGGUAUUACUGCAGACCCUGUGCCUGGCUCUGGCCCAAGUGAGGGGUCCACCUGGACCUCAGGGCCAAGCCGGCCCACCAGGCCCCUCUGGCACUCCUGGGUCAGACGGCAUUGAUGGAGACAAAGGACCACCUGGGCCCCCUGGUCCACCAGGACUGAAGGGAGAGCCAGGAGAGCCAGGUACUGAUGGAGUACCAGGAGAGAAUGGAAUUGAUGGUUUGAUUGGAGCAAAGGGUGAUCGAGGUCCUUUUGGAAACCCCGGGCCUAAGGGUAAACCUGGACCAAGUGGAGAGCCUGGACUUCCUGGACCCGGCCUUCCAGGACUGGCGGGCGCUCCAGGGCCAAUUGGUCUUCCAGGUGAAAUUGGAACAUCUGGUACAAAGGGUAUCAUGGGACCACCUGGAGCUCCAGGACUACCUGGACCUCCUGGCAAGCCAGGUCCUCCAGGGAAGUUCAUUGGUGUAGAAGAGGGAAGUGCAGACUUCCAGUGUCCGCUUAACUGUCCAGCAGGACCUAAAGGCCCCCAGGGACUGCAGGGAGUCAAGGGACACAAAGGACGUUCUGGUGUUCUCGGAGAGCCUGGAAGCAUAGGAAAAUCGGGUCCCAAGGGAGAAGUGGGCAUCUCUGGGGAACAGGGAAUCCCAGGACCUUCGGGUCCGAUGGGUCUGAGAGGUUAUCCAGGAAUGAUGGGUCCUAAAGGUGAAGCAGGGCCUCGUGGCUACAAGGGCAUCAACGGACCUGUAGGAAUACCUGGGCCUCCUGGUGAGGAGGGGCCUCAGGGACCACCCGGAGAGGCAGGAGACAAGGGAGACAAAGGCGGCCGAGGUAUCCAGGGCCCACAGGGCGCGGUUGGCAAAAAGGGAGAGAAUGGUCUGCCGGGUAUUGAUGGCAAAGAUGGCACACCUGGUAUUCCUGGAAUCAAGGGCAGCCCUGGCCAAGCUGGCAGGCCUGGUCCUUCUGGUCCUCAGGGACUAGCGGGAUUGCCUGGCAGCCCAGGGACAAAAGGUGGACCUGGAGCUAAGGGCGAGCCUGGACCUAGGGGUCACGUUGGCAUGUCUGGUGCCUCUGGACCUCUGGGUGAGCCUGGUGUUCCUGGUGAGGCUGGUAUGGAAGGAGUUCCCGGACCCAAGGGUGACAGAGGCCAGCGGGGAGAGGUUGGGCCACAGGGAAUUGUCGGCAAGGCUGGAAACAAAGGAGAGAGAGGACCAAUGGGCGUUCCAGGUGCCCAGGGGCUUAGUGGAACCAAGGCAGACAAGGGCUUCCAAGGAAAAGUUGGGUCAAAGGGAGACGAUGGUGACCCCGGUGUUGAGGGAUUGGCUGGCGAGAAAGGUGAAAAGGGUUUGUCUGGUGAACCUGGGCCGAAAGGACAGCACGGAAUCAGGGGUGAAUCCGGACACAAUGGACCCACUGGAGACUCUGGUAAACCUGGAGACCAGGGACCACCAGGACUGCCUGGUCCUAGGGGACUCUAUGGCGAGCGAGGAGUACCUGGCAUGCCAGGCAUUCAGGGGUCCUCAGGACGCGAUGCAUCUGACCAGCAUAUUAUUGAAGUGGUGUUGAAGAUGUUGCAGGAGAGGCUAGCUGCUGUAGCAGUGAGUGCCAAGAGGGCUGUGCUUGGUGGAGCAGGUGUAAUGGGACCUCCUGGGCCCCCUGGACCCUCGGGGUCACCUGGCCCUCAGGGGCAACAUGGUUUACCUGGUGCCCGUGGCAUUCCUGGCAUGAUUGGAGGACCUGGACAGAUUGGAAACACAGGACUUAAAGGAAAGAGAGGGUUAAAGGGAGACAGAGGAGAUCCUGGUAAACCCCAUCCAGGACAACCAGGACCCCCAGGAAUACCAGGUCCUGCUGGUGUUGAUGGCGUGGCCCGGAACGGUAGGCACGGCGAGAGAGGACCUCAGGGAUCAGCCGGAGAGGCAGGUCAUCCCGGCAAGGCGGGUCCGACAGGUCUCCCAGGCUAUUGCGAGGCCGCGAUGUGUUUAGCUGCGUCAGCAUACACAUCCCCGAGACUACAGGAGGCGGGAACAAUCAAAGGACCCAAUGUUUAG